AUGCGAUGGCAGGGGUGGGGGACAAAAACCGAACAGAUCACUCAGGAUUGUAAAGUAACUGCAUGUCAUUGAUGACAGAAUUGCAACCUACAGGAAAGUUUUUAAGAGUUUAAUUUGAGCCAAGAUUUUGAGGAUGCAGGCUCCCAACGGACUGAGAACAUGCUCGGGAGAAUGGCUCGUAGCUCUUUCUGUGCGGUGGAGGUCAAAGGCAAGAAAGAGCCAAGGUCACAAGGAAUCCACGGGUGGUAGAUUGGGGGAGUGGAAGAAGGCGAGGAGGGGCAACCUCUAGGACUGGAUUAAGAGGGAAGUGGAGAAACAGAGAUUAAAGCACCCACUGCUUUUACGCUGGUGGGUGUGGGAGAGCGGACGUUUGACAUCUGCAGCGCAUGCAGGCGGUGUGCCGGCCACAAGAUGACAAGGAGGAGUCUGGUGGUCUCGUGCUCUGGUGUUGUGGCUGUGCCCCCCGGGUUCUGGAAAGGCAAACCACUUUACCAUCCCACGGGUAUGUUAUUCUAGAUGCGUAAGAACCAAGGACAGUGUUCGCUUCAGGUAAAGGUUGAUUUCUUGCUGAGGAAGCGCUAGGCCUGGAAUCUGACUUUGUGCUUUGUACCUGCCCAGUUAGGGAUCUCUGACCAGACCGUCUGGUGUGGUGACUUCCGUUCGCUGAGUGGGCCAGCCCUGCCAUGCGGUCCCCAAGCUUGUCGGGUCUACUGUGUUGUCUCUUUGCAUUCACAGUGUCGCACAGUUCCUGAGACUCAGAGAGGUUAAGCAGCUUGCUUGAGGUCACACAGCAUAACAGGGCAUCCAGGCUGGGACAGGUCCCCCGAGUGAAGCGGCCAAAGUCUCAAGGGUGGAAGCAGGUGGCGAGCAGCUGGGCUGGUGCCGGUCUGAGCUGGACUUUGUCUGAUGGCUUCCUCCGACCCUCCUCCACAGGCCGCCGCAGGAGAUCAGCUGGUUCCUGAAGGAGGCCUAGGCCCCUCCUCAGAGGCGGAGGACGACCCCGGAGAGGCCUUUCAGUUUGAAGACAGUGAUGAUGACGAGGACACCAGUGCUGGCCUGGGCGUCCCAAGCGUUGCUCCAGAGAAGGACACAGAUGCCCCACUGAUCCAUUUGGACCCUGUCCCUGUCACUGACCCAGACCCAGCGGCCGCGCCGCCCCAGACGCAGGUGCUGGCCGUGGUGAGCAAUGGAGAGGCUGUGGACACAGCUGUGCCUGGGGUCCGGCGCUCCAGUUGGAAGCAGAAGAGCUCCCGUCGCAUCGACCGGUUCACUUUCCCUGCCUUGGAAGAAGAUGUGAUUUACGACGACGUCCCGUGUGAGAACCUGGAUGCGCUUCAACCCGGGGCAGAGAGAAACCUGCUCUACGAGGAUGUGCACCGGGACGGGGUGCCCCGGGAGACGGAGGACCUAGGCUGGAGCUCCAGCGAGUUUGAGAGCUACAGUGAGGACUCAGGGGAGGAGGCCAAGCCGGAGGCAGAGCCUGCCAAGCACAGAGUGUCCUUCCAGCCCAAGCUCUCUCCAGACCUGACUAGGCUAAAGGAGAGAUACGCCAGGACUAAGAGAGACAUCUUGGCUUUAAGAGUUGGGGGGAGAGACAUGCAGGAGCUGAAGCACAAGUACGAUUGUAAGAUGACCCAGUUCAUGAAGGCGGCCAAGAGCGGGACAAAGGAUGGGCUGGAGAAGACGAGGAUCGCCGUCCUGCGAAAAGUGUCCUUUCUGCACAGGAAAGACGUCCUCGGUGACUCGGAGGAGGAAGACAUGGGGCUCCUGGAGGUUGGCGUAACGGACAUCAAGCCCCCGGCCCCGGAGCUGGGCCCCAUGCCAGAUGGCCUGAGCCCUCAGCAGGUGGUCCGGAGGCACAUCCUGGGCUCCAUCGUGCAGAGUGAGGGCAGCUACGUGGAGUCUUUGAAGCGGGUACUCCAGGAUUACCGCAACCCCCUGAUGGAGAUGGAGCCCAAGGUGCUGAGCGUCCGCAAGUGCCAGGUGGUGUUCUUCCGCGUGAAGGAGAUCCUGCACUGCCACUCCAUGUUCCAGAUUGCCCUGUCCUCCCGCGUGGCCGAGUGGGACUCCACCGAGAAGAUCGGGGACCUCUUCGUGGCUUCGUUCUCGAAGUCCAUGGUGCUAGACGUGUACAGCGACUACGUGAACAACUUCACCACUGCCAUGUCCAUCAUCAAGAAGGCCUGUCUCACCAAGCCCGCUUUCCUCGAGUUCCUCAAGCGGCGGCAGGUGUGUAGCCCCGACCGCGUCACGCUCUAUGGGCUGAUGGUGAAGCCCAUCCAGAGGUUCCCGCAGUUCAUCCUCCUGCUUCAGGACAUGCUGAAGAAUACCCCCAGGGGCCACCCGGACAGGCUCUCGCUGCAGCUGGCCCUCACGGAGCUGGAGACGCUGGCUGAGAAGCUCAAUGAGCAAAAGCGGCUGGCUGACCAGGUGGCGGAGAUCCAGCAGCUGACCAAGAGCGUCAGCGACCGCAGCAGCCUCAACAAGCUGUUGACCUCGGGCCAGAGGCAGCUGCUGCUGUGUGAGACGCUGACAGAGACCGUCUACGGUGACCGUGGGCAGCUGAUCAAGUCUAAGGAGCGCAGGGUCUUCCUGCUCAAUGACAUGCUGGUCUGUGCCAACAUCAACUUCAAGCCUGCCAACCACAGGGGCCAGCUGGAGAUCAGCAGCCUGGUGCCCCUGGGGCCCAAGUACGUGGUGAAGUGGAACACGGCGCUGCCCCAGGUGCAGGUGGUGGAGGCAGGCCAGGAGGGCGGCUCCUGCGACAAGGACAACGUGCUCAUCCAGCACGCUGGAGCCAAGAAGGCCUCUGCCUCGGGCCAGGCCCAGAAUAAGGUGUACUUCGGCCCCCCGCGACUCUUCCAGGAGCUGCAGGACCUGCAGAAGGACCUGGCCGUGGUGGAGCAGAUCACCCUCCUGGUCAGCACGCUGCACGGCACCUACCAGAACCUGAACAUGACUGUGGCUCAAGACUGGUGCCUGGCCCUGCAGAGGCUGAUGCGGGUGAAGGAGGAGGAGAUCCACUCGGCCAAUAAAUGCCGCCUCAGGCUCCUGCUUCCUGGGAAACCCGACAAGUCCGGCCGCCCCAUCAGCUUCAUGGUGGUCUUUAUUACCCCCAACCCCCUGAGCAAGAUCUCCUGGGUCAACAGGUUGCACUUGGCCAAGAUUGGACUCCGAGAGGAGAACCAGCCGGGCUGGCGCUGUCCGGACGAGGACAAGAAGAGUAAAGCCCCGUUCUGGUGCCCGACCCUGGCCUGCUGCACCCCCGCCUUCUCCUCCCGGGGCCUCAGCCUGCAGCUUGGGGCGCUGGUCCACAGUCCUGUCAGCUGCCCCCUGCUGGGCUUCUCGGCAGUCAGCACCUCCCUUCCACAGGGCUACCUCUGGGUCGGGGGCGGGCAAGAGGGCGCAGGAGGCCAGGUGGAGAUCUUCUCCCUGAACCGGCCCUCGCCCCGCACGGUCAAGUCCUUCCCACUGGCGGCCCCCGUGCUCUGCAUGGAGUACAUUCCGGAGCCGGAGGAGGGGGAGAGUGGCGACAGAGACGGAGAUGAGGGCCACACGGCCGCUGACCCCUCGGCUGUGGCGCACCCGACCAUCUGCCUGGGGCUCCAGGAUGGCAGCAUCCUGGUCUACAGCAGCGUGGACACGGGCACCCAGUGCCUGGCGACCUGCAGGAGCCCCGGCCUGCAGCCCGUGCUCUGCCUGCGGCACAGCCCCUUCCACCUGUUGGCCGGCCUGCAGGACGGGACCCUCGCCGCCUACCCUCGGACCAGCGGAGAUGUUCCCUGGAACCUGGAGAGCCCUCCCGUGUGCCUGACCGUGGGGCCAGGGCCCAUCCGCACUCUGCUGAGCCUGGAGGACACCGUGUGGGCCAGCUGUGGGCCUCGGGUCACUGUGCUGGAUGCCACCAGCUUGCAGACUCAGCAAAGCUUCGAGGCGCACCAGGAUGAGGCCGUGAGCGUGACGCACAUGGUGAAGGCGGGCAGCGGCGUCUGGAUGGCCUUCUCCUCCGGCUCCUCCAUCCGCCUCUUCCACACGGAGACGCUGGAGCACCUGCAGGAGAUCAACAUCGCCACCAGGACCACCUUCCUCCUGCCGGGCCAGAAGCACCUGUGUGUCACCAGCCUCCUGAUCUGCCAGGGUCUGCUCUGGGUGGGCACCGACCAGGGCGUCAUUGUCCUGCUGCCUGUGCCUCGGCUGGAAGGCAUCCCGAAGAUCACAGGGAAGGGCAUGGUCUCCCUCAACGGUCACUGUGGGCCUGUGACCUUCCUGGCUGUGGCUACCAGCAUCUUGGCCCUCGACAUCCUGCGGAGUGACCAGGAAGAGGCGGAGGAGGACAGGCCAGACGGGCAGGCUCCUGAGCCGGCACCCGCACCCCCCAGUCACGUGGGCCGAGAGCUGACCCGCAAGAAGGGCAUUCUCCUGCAGUACCGCCUGCGCUCCACCGCCCACCUCCCGGGCCCGCUGCUCUCUGUGCGGGAGCCCGUGCCCGCCGACAGCUCGGCCCUGGAGCACAGUGAGGAGGACGGCUCCAUCUACGAGAUGGCCGAUGACCCCGACGUCUGGGUGCGCAGCCGGCCCUGCGCCCGCGAUGCCCACCGCAAGGAGAUCUGCUCCGUGGCCAUUAUCUCGGGUGGUCAGGGCUACCGGAACUUCGGCAGCGCCUCGGGUGUUGGUGGGAGGCCGGCCCCUGGGGAGACGGACAGCACCCUCCUCAUCUGGCAGGUGCCCCUGACGCUAUAGCCGCCGCCCAGGGCCACAGCUGCAGCCACGCCGGGCCCUCGGGCCCUCCAAGGUCCCCCAGGGAGUGCAGAUGGAAUCGCCUUUCAGGGACCUGCACGGGGCCGUGAGGCCGGCCCUGGGUCUCUAGUAGCUGUCUUGGCAGAGCAGAGAAAAACCUCUUCUUUUUUAGGGGAAAAAAAAACUUAGAGUGUUCGGGGAAGGGGGCUAGGUUUGUGGAAAGGAAAGACUCCUCUGGAGGAAAUGGCCUUUUAAAACACAAAACACAAAACCUCACAACUGCCUGGCAAGCCCCGCGCCUCCCGCCUGGGCCGAGCGGGGCUCAGAGGCGGCCACGCGCCCCUCCUGGAGGAGAGUGAGUGGGCUGGUGUGUGAAUAUAUAUAAAUACGUAUAUAUGGUGUAUAUUAUCUGUGUGUAAAUAAAGUCUGUACAUAUUGGAGCCGUGGGAGAUGCUGGAAUAAAGGGCAAGGAUAACGCA